GAAUUUAGGUUAAAAGUCACGAGGUUUCUUUGCCUUCUUUACCGCGUUCGUGUUUUGUUAAACAUUCCUCGUUGCCCUAGCAACACCCCGCCCCUUCGCGUCAGUGACGUUUUAAAAUUUGCAUGGCAACACAGAUCGUUUGUGUUGUCACGACGAUCCACUCAACAAUAAAACAACACACUCCUGUGGCGUCGCCCGUGGACCAGGCGAGCAGAACGAGACGUCCUGACGUCAGCGAGUCAGCCGUCACCCGCGGUGUUUAGAAAGGGGAGGCAGAGUGUGCGCUCUGUUUCAGGAGCCUGUCUCUGUUUGAAGAGUGAAAGAGGAUACCCGACCUGAAACUGUAUAUUAGUGAUUUGUGGACCUGUGUUUAUUUGUGUUGGAUUGACUGUUGACAGGAAGGGCACAAACACUGGCACACUGUCCUGAACAGUGUGUGCUAACUGUUCAGGUGCAAGAAUCAAUGAAUACGACAACAAGUGUUGCAGGACUACUUAAAGGACUAUAUAGUGUAUUUAUCAAUAAGUGAGAUCUUUAAAGACAUUGUCUGCUGUAUUCUGUUAUUUCAUUGUGUAUUCUGUACUGCAUGGCUCCCUUAGCCGCUUUAAUGGAGUGGAGUGGUACAAUACUUUCACUUUAAAAAAAAAAUUAAAUAUUUGGGAAAUAGUUUUCAACUACCACAUUUCUACCCAAAAAUAAACCCACUGAUUGGAAAAAUAAAAAUAUACUUUCAUGAAAUUCCUUUAAUCCAUAUGAUAAAAUGUAUAUUAUGUGUAUUUAAGGAGAAAGUGGGGCAGAAUAGCAACACAACUAUGUUGUUAAACAGUACGAGUUCUACUUCCUUAAAUGUGGUUUCUACAACACAAUAACAGGGGAAGAUAUGCAAAAUAUUACACUAAAUGAAAAACAAGAAAAACAAAACAAUGUGAAAUUUAGAUAGUGAUGCAAAAAAAAAAUCUCUAUUUAAAUGAUAAUUAUAUUUAUUAUUAUUCAUAUUUAAAUCUACCAUGUCAAAUUAUAUCAUACAAUGUAUGGUAUCUCAAAUUUAUGUUCACUAUUUUUCUUACUUUUAUAAACGGUUUAAUAAGAAAUUCAUUUUGUAAAAAAAUAAAAUCAUUAAAAUCCCCAUCAAAGUCCAACCCACUGGGCUACACUCUGUACAGAAGCAGGCUGCUGUCAUCCACAAUGAGGCUGAUGAAACGUCUAUUUGCUUAUUUUACAAGUGCUUCGGAGUCCGACGUCACUCAGACUAAAAAUAAACCAACAGUCUUUGCACAUUCACGCUCAAGUUGCUUUGAAGAAAACAAAUCUCAGAGCGGUAGUAAUGGGUGUCUGCAGCUAUGGCCGACCUUUAACCCCUCUGUCUGUCUUGAGCUGCCCAUGCAUCCACUGAAUGGGCCAGAGCUGACCACCUAUAAUGAUGUUCCAGUAAACAGCCCAGAGGGGGCUAUGACUGCUGGGAAGCAGCCGGCAGCGCGGCCCCCUUUGAACAAAGUGUGGCCCCCACUCUGAUAUUCCCCCUUCAUCUCUUUGUGACGCCAUCAUCUGAGGCCUAAAAAUAGCACAUUCAGCUUGUUUAAACCUUGUAAAAGACUCGAGCUUGUAUAAUUGGUGCCAAUGAACUGAAGGGACAAGUGUGGGAAUGGAACCACUCCACUCUACACAGCGGCUGAAAAGAUUAGUACUUCAAUUACCGAAGACCUCACAAUGCAACAAUGAUGUGAUGUCAUCGGUAAGUCACGUGGGGCAGAGCUUUUGAACUUGGAUACUUCUGGUGUAUUCCACCUCUGAACAUGUGUGUCUGUAACCAGUAGUUAGCACAUUAGUAUGGCCUUAACAUUAUGGAACUCAGAGGACCAGGGGCCUGCAAUAUGUGGCUCCUGAGCCACUUUGGCUGUGCUGACUGAAAUACAUAGCAGGGAAAGAAACGUACCCGUCAGACCACAGUGAUUUUCAGGUCAAACAAGCCAUGAUAACUACAGAACACUGCUGUCAAUAAUUUUGCAGUACAGUAUUGACUUUAUUGUGAAAUAUUGAUUUUUUUUGUAAAUACGUUGUAAAUACCUUCAGUUAACACGUUUAUAUAUUCUUUUCUUUUUUUCUUUUCUAAAAACAAUUGUUAAUACUUCUUACACAUAGACAAUGUCUCUUGCUUAUUAUAAAUAGUCUUGCAGGAGCAUCUCCAACAAUAAUAUUUACUUUAGAAACUUAAUUCCUUAGGGAUUAAUAGAGUUCUAUCCAUCCACCCAUCCAUCCAUCCAUCCAUCCACUCAUCCAUCCAUCCAUCAGAUCAUGUCUUAGGGUCCACAAUUUGGAAAACACUAUUUUAUCAUCUAUGGAAACCCUGUUUUUUUGUUUUUUUAUAGCAGGACCAGAAUGAUAUUUCUUCCUUUCCACAGCUGAACAAAUGUGUCCUUGUGUCCACACAAUAGUGAGGCGUUUGUGACGCUGUUAUCAGUGACAGUGCGUAAAGACUUCAACUUUCUUUUAGCGCUUGUUUCACUUUCUUUAGUGACUGAUGUGUGAUCGUGUGAUCCACUCACUUACUGAGUAAGAGAGUGAGUGUCAGAGUGGGCCACACACGCAGUCAGUUUGUGCGCCCCCCCUCCCAUCCCCAACCUCUUCCCUCGCUUCUCUCCCCGGAAACACCAUAUAUGGUUCAACCAGUCCAUCCUGCUGAUUGGCUGCUUCAUUUUCUACAGUCACUGUUUCUAUUGCUGGAGACCUUCAGUAUUCAUAUGCAGAGACAGGUGAAAUGGGUACGAGCUGAUUGACUGCUGGUCAGUGGGGGAAGGGGGGGAAGGGGGGUUGACCAAGGAUUCACUAAUGCCUGGUUUCAAGACAUGGCCACAAAUUAAUGCAUAAAAUAAAAAGUAACAUUAUUAAAUAAUAUAUUAUUGAUCAUUGUUGAUAUUGUUAUUGAUGUUGUUUUGUACCAAUGGAAAACAAGAUUCUAAACCCUUAGGGAUAAUUUUUUCACUCUGUCUAUUUCUAUAUCAUGGAACAAUAUCUGAACACACCAUCUUCUGUCCUUCACGUGCAAGGACGUCUCAGAUACCAGUGCAAUUAAGAGGCGCGUGGUCGUAAAGGGAACACGAUGUAUGAUGCAGAUGCUGCAUACAUGUGAUGACGUACUUCAUUCAUGGCUUCAGACACGGAAUGGAAGCGGGGGUCACUGUACUAUAACAGCAGUUUGUUUACACAUUUGAUUAAAAAAAACAACCUGUAAAUAAAAGGUGUCUCUUUGUGUCCACUGAACACCACAGAUUACCACAUUCAACUGUCAACAUCGUAUUGUUCUCGUUCUAUUUUCACCCCUCCUUGUGUGAAAUGGUUCGGUCUCACCGCACAGAUUUCAUUCAUAAAAUUCCAGCUCACUAUAAAAGGCGGGCCUCACUAUAUCUGCACACUUACCUUCUAUGAUCCUGGCAAAUGGGAUAUAUAUAGUGUCAGGGUUGUUUUUUUUUAAACUUCCAAAUAAGGAAAAAUAAUUUAGCCUACCAUUUUUAUGCAGUGAUUUUUUUUCCCAAAGGAGAGAACAUGGAUCCACACUCCAGCAGUGACUUCGAGUCCUAUUCGUCCAGCUGCAGCACAGCAUCGCCUGGCGGGGACACCCCCAGAUGCAGCGACCAGCGUCCUCCAGACAGGCUUUUAUCACCAGUGGACAGCAGCAUCAUCGAGGAGGACGCAGCAAACUCCUUUGUCCCGACAGUGACUGCAGUCUCCACCUCUCCUGAUCUGAGAUGGAUGGUGCAGCCGACAGUCAACACAUCUGUCUCUCCUCCAUCCGGACGGGCCAAGAGUAGGAGUCGUGGCGCAGCACAUGCGUCCAGCAGCAUCAGCACCACGGCAGGUGCGAACAAGGCGAAGACCUCCAGCAGGAAAGGACAGAGGAGCCAGUCUUCCAAAAAGGAGGAGGAGGAGGAGGAGAGGCGCAGGAUCAGGAGGGAGAGGAACAAAAUCGCUGCAGCAAAGUGUCGUAACAGACGGAGGGAGCUGAUAGACACGCUCCAGGCGGAAACUGAUAAGCUAGAGGAGGAGAAGUCUGCCCUCCAUACGGAAAUCACCGACCUUCUGAAGGAGAAAAAAAGGCUGGAGAAGGUCCUGGCCUCUCACAAACCCUCCUGCAAGAUCUCUUCAAAAAGUGAUGAGGAGGACCUGGAGGAGGAGCAGGAGGAGGAGGAGAGCGAGGAUGACGUGGACACUAUUCUGCAGGAUUCUCCGUCCUCCCCACAGCUGCUGUCCAUCAUAGAGAGUGGAAAAACACCAGAGAGCAACACAACAAUCAGAGAAGCCACUGUUGGCCAAGAUGUGAAUGAUGUCUCUUGUGUACCUGCCGCCGCCAUUUUGGGGAACUCCAACAUCCUCCUGUGCUCCAGUGCAGAAGAAGAGGAGGCUCUGGAGGACUUAGGAGGAGACGACCUGGACGACUUAGUGCCCAGCCUGGAGAUGGCCGUGACAUCGGAAGCGGCCGCGUCCGUCCCCGAUGUAGAUCUGAGCGGGGCCUUCUGCCUGCCAGACUGGGAAACCCUGUACAAGUCUGUGACGAGCGACCUGGACUCCCUGAACACUCCAGUCAUGUCUUCCAGUCCCACCUGUGGCAGCUUUCGCACAGUGUUUUCCUUUAAUUACGCUGAGAUUGAUGGUUUGGACGAGGACUGCGACGGCCACAAAGGCAGUGUGGGAGCAUCAGAGUUGAUGAAAGACAGUCUCAACUCUCCAACUCUGUUGGCCCUGUGAAUAUCAAUGAGCAUUAUGCAACGGGAGCAUUAUGCAAUACUGUAAUUGCAAUCAGCCAGCAAACAAUGCUAUGAUGAUUCUCACGUAAUCUUUUGUGUUGUGAGUUUUGCAGCUGUGUUUACCUUAAC